CUGGUUUGGAAGCACGGCACCAACCCAACCCCCCAAUCGAGCACGCCGUCCACUUCCGAGGUCGCGUGCGUGGAUAGGGUUUGCUUCGCCGCCGUCCCGCCGACUGCGCCUCCCCGGCCCUCAUCGUCGCGCCACCGCCGGGGAGACCAGGCCACCACCAGCCGAGCCACCGAUCGAUCGAUCGACCGAGGCGGUGAUGGCGCACCAGAUCCCCAAGGUCGCGCACACCCUCGUCGAGAUCGCCGAGGUCGCGCGCUACGCCUACGAGCACCGCUCCGGCCACGCUCCGGACCACGACGGCGCCACGGCGCUGGCCGCCGACGGGGAGGAGGCCGCGCGGCUGCGGGCGGAGAACGCCGUCCUCCGCGCCCGCCUCGCGGACGACCUCGCCCUCCUUCGCGAGCUUCAGGGCGCGCCCUUUGUUUCCCAGGAGUGCCCUCCCGACUUGCAUAAUCGUCUUGUAGCAUCAGUCAACAAUGCUGGCUUCCUUGCUCAUCUUGAGAAAGUACGAGACGAGCCGCUGCAUCAACAUACCAAACUAUCUAUUGGCGGUGUGACAGAGGUGGAUAUUGGAGAUAUUCCUUACACUAAAGAUGAGGGGAAGACUGGGUCAUGGCUCUUGGUUUCCUGUGACACUGCUGGGGGCAAUUUGGAGGAAAUUAGUGGAAUUGAUGACGAAAAUUAUGUGAUGGUUAAUGAAGAUGACAUCGUCGAUGCUAUUGCUACCUUUGUUGCUAGGUGCAUUCUUGAAGAUCCAAAGUCCAAGUCAUUAUCAUCGAAAGAGCUGCAAAAAGCUGUUGCAUCGGCAUUGAGCAGCAUGACAGACCGGAAGAAAUGGAUAAGUUUCUGGGAGGCUGGAAAGGUGAUUUACAUACUGGCAACUUGGGGGAUCACAAUAGCAGGGCUGUACAGGAGUCGUGCUGUCCUGAAGAUGGCAGCCAAAGGAGCUGUCGUCUCCACCAAAUUUAUCAUGAAGGCAUUGUGAGGUGCCAAGUGCCGAAUAGUGGCAUCAUGAUCACACGCAACGGUCAGCAAGUUGUAAAUACAAACUCAUCGUGUCAACUGUACAUAUGUGUUGUGUGAUAUGAUUUAUCUGAGAACUAUUCGUUGGUCAGAUGUGCUGUAACUUCUGAAAUGAUAACGAUUUCUCUCAUCGUGUAUGAAUAAUGGGGGCAACUAUCUGCUUGUCA